UAAUUGCGUCGUGUUAGAGGAAGGACAACAUCAUGUGGUGGUUACAAGUUGUUUCUGUGAUUUUUGUACAGUGUUGUAUUCUGAAAAAUGUAUGGGGUGAAAAGUAUUACGGAAAGUUCGUAGGGAAACUUGACACUAAAGCUCAUGAUGUAAAAGGAAGUGUAUAUGCGGCUAACAAAGAUACCUUCUUCAUAAAAGGCUUCAGUUACGACGGAGAAGGACCAGAUGCAUUUUUCUGGGCUGGGAGUACAACUAGCCCUUCUGAGGAUGGUUUCAUUGUUCCAGAUGAAAAAGGAACAGAAAAUGUCUUAAGGAGAUACAGUAACAAAGACAUCUGGAUUAAGCUACCAAAUGGGAGAACCAUUAAAGAUGUUAACUGGCUGAGUGUUUGGUGCAGAGAAUUUAAAGUAAACUUUGGCUCACUUCAGAUUCCAGAUAACUUGGAACUUCCAGGUCCAAAAGUUAUUGAACCACUCCAAACUUUUGCUCAUGGAGUAAAGUCUGAUCCCAUUGUGAUAAAAGAUGAAAAAACAAUAUAUAUACCUAAACUCCAGUAUGAUGGUGCUGGCCCAGAUGUAUAUUUUCUUGUGGGGAAGGGAAUCAAACCUCAGAUUCAAGGAGCUACAAAAGUACCCGAUGAAAAAGGAAGUACGGAUGUCUUGCAUGGUUACCAGGGUCAGGACAUCACACUUACUCUACCUGCUAAAUUGACAGUUCAUGACAUUGAUUGGUUCAGUCUUUACUGUAUUCAAUAUCAAGAGAAUUUUGGCCAUGUUGUCAUCCCUAAAGACUUGAAUGUGCCUGCCCAGAUAGGUUGAUAUUGUCAUCUGAAGAAAUAAAAUAUUUUAAUAAUUAAAAUGUAUUAUGGAGCAAUUUUAUUGUGCUAUUUUUUUCUGAAUCUCUUAUAUUUUUAAGGUUCAAUACACGGCUGUAAUUUUUAUUUUGUUAGCAAUGUACAACUUAUGUGAAGUAAGAUUUUAUAAAUGGUGCCUAUAUGUCUGAAUAAAUAUUGUAAAAUUUU